UUCAAAUGACACUGCUUCUGUGGUAAGCACAGUGAACGGUUCUUCUACGACAUUGUCUCUCGUCUAACAAACAAUCAACAUGAGCAAAAUUGGAAUCAACGGAUUCGGCCGUAUUGGUCGUCUGGUGUUGAGAGCUUCCAUCGAACGUGGAGCCACCGUGGUCGCUGUUAAUGACCCAUUCAUCGGUCUGGACUACAUGGUCUACAUGUUCAAGUAUGACUCAACUCACGGUAAAUUCAAGGGUGAGGUCAAAGCCGAGGACGGUUACUUGGUGGUCAAUGGCAACAAAAUCGCUGUAUUCAGUGAACGCGACCCCAAAACCAUCCCAUGGGCAAAGGCUGGUGCUGAAUACGUAGUGGAAUCCACUGGUGUCUUCACUACCAUCGAAAAAGCCUCCGCUCACUUGGAGGGUGGUGCCAAGAAAGUCAUCAUCUCGGCUCCAUCGGCUGACGCACCCAUGUACGUUUGCGGUGUCAAUCUUGACUCCUACGACCCAAGCCACAAGGUAGUGUCCAAUGCUUCCUGCACGACCAACUGCCUUGCCCCACUCGCCAAGGUCAUUCACGAUAACUUCGAAAUUGUUGAGGGUCUUAUGACCACGGUUCAUGCCACUACAGCCACCCAGAAGACGGUUGACGGACCAUCUGGCAAGCUAUGGCGUGACGGUCGUGGUGCCGCUCAGAACAUUAUUCCUGCGGCAACUGGAGCAGCUAAAGCUGUCGGCAAAGUCAUCCCAUCGUUGAAUGGCAAACUCACCGGUAUGGCUUUCCGUGUGCCAGUCGCUAAUGUUUCGGUAGUCGAUUUGACAGUUCGUCUCGGCAAGCCAACGACCUAUGACGCGAUAAAGGCUAAGGUCAAGGAAGCCAGUGAGGGUCCACUCAAGGGUAUCCUUGGAUACACCGAAGACGAAGUUGUCUCGUCUGAUUUUAUCGGCGACAACCGUUCCAGCAUUUUUGACGCUGCUGCUGGUAUCCCAUUGAGCGAUCAGUUCGUCAAACUUAUCUCGUGGUACGAUAACGAGUUUGGCUACUCAUCCCGUGUCAUUGACCUCAUCAAGUACAUGCAGUCCAAGGAUUAAGAAGUUAAUAAGAGUACGAGCAGAUUUGAUGGGGAGUGCUGAAUUUGCGAACGAUAGUUGGAAGGGAGAAGCUUGGCUGUAAUUUCUCUAUCAUUCAAUAAUGCAGAGCUCUUCCCUCACAUCCUCCAGCGGUGCCAACUGUUGAUUUACUCUACGGAGUGAGCAAGUCGAAAUCGUUCGAAAUUUAUGCAAAAAAAAAAAAAAAGUUAUAAAAAAAUUAAAUAAUUAAAUGUAAAAGUACAUUCAAAGUAGCUGUGUUGCAGUAUAUCGUCGAAUUGUGGAAAUGAGGAGAGUGGCACUAUAUCAAUACUAUAUUUUGAAAUUAGAGGCAGGCUCUCUAGAAUGCUCACUUUACACGCUUUUUGCGAUUUAAAUUCUAAUAUUCAUACAUUUUAUUAUGAUACGCUUCAUUUCAAAGUAACUCCCUCGUAUCAACCUCAAUUCUCGUUGCGACGCUUAUUUUAAGACAAAAAAUGUAUCCAAAGUGUGUAAAUGGUGACAACGUACGCCUUUAUUUAUGUCCGAACAAUUUAUUGAAUAUUGUUUAAAGAACACACAUUCGAUAUUAUUUAAGAGAAAAAAAUGACCUCUUUUGAAUAUAAUCCUUUUGUGAUUUUCUUUCUCGUCAAUUUAUUUUUCAUUAACGUUAACUUCAAUAAACGUUGUUAUCGUCAAA